ACCCUUUCCUGAGCUCUGUGCUCUGGCGCGGGUGGUUGACGGCGAGUGGUGCGGAAGGGACAGCACUAGCAGCGGUUGCUUUCGGGGGAGAAACAAAACCUGCAGGUCCGGGUCGGGGCCGGGUGACUUCCCCUUCAAGUGGGUGAGCCGUCCUGACCUCCGGUCAGCUCCGCCGUGGCCGCGGCCAGCCGCUGUGCCGGCUCCCGGCGAGGUCGCGGAGCGCCGGCUGGACCCGCCCCGAGCUCCAUGGUUUGCCCAGCCCUGCGCGAUGGUGACUCUGGGCGCGGAGGUUGGCGCGGGGCGAGCCGGCAGCUCGCAGAAUGAAGGCGGGGAGCGCGGCCGGCGGCCGGCGGGGGCUGGCUCCGCGACCCCAGCGCCCCGAGAAGCGGCCCAACCACCUGAACCCGGAAAACGCCAACAAGUAGUUUCUCGUUGGAGAAGGGCGGCUCGGCUGGGUGUCAGGACUCAGUCCGGCUGCCCGGAGAACCUCGUCCACUCGGAAACCAAAGCAGAACCACUUUUCUGUCGGUCUCGUUAAGUCAUGUCUGAGCCACAGAGAUGGGCAAGAUCGAGAACAACGAGAGGGUGAUCCUCAAUGUCGGGGGCACCCGGCACGAAACCUACCGCAGCACCCUCAAGACCCUGCCUGGGACGCGCCUGGCCCUUCUCGCCGCCUCGGAGCCCCAGGGCGACUGCCUGACGGCGGCGGGCGACAAGCUGCAGCCGUCGCCCCCUUCGCUCUCGCCGCCGCCGCGACCGCCCCCGCUGUCCCCCGGGGCGGGCGGCUGCUUUGAGGGCGGCGCGGGCAACUGCAGUCCCCGAGGCGGCGGCGGCGGCGGCGGCGACCACCCCGGGGGCGGCCGCGAGUUCUUCUUCGACCGGCACCCGGGCGUCUUCGCUUAUGUGCUCAACUACUACCGCACCGGCAAGCUGCACUGCCCCGCCGACGUGUGCGGGCCGCUCUUCGAGGAGGAGCUGGCCUUCUGGGGCAUCGACGAGACGGACGUGGAGCCCUGCUGCUGGAUGACCUACCGGCAGCACCGCGACGCCGAGGAGGCGCUCGACAUCUUCGAGACCCCCGACCUCAUCGGCGGCGACCCCGGAGACGACGAGGACCUGGCGGCCAAGAGGUUGGGCAUCGAGGAUGCCGCGGGCCUGGGGGGCCCCGACGGCAAGUCUGGCCGCUGGAAGAGGCUGCAGCCCCGCAUGUGGGCCCUCUUCGAGGACCCCUACUCGUCCAGAGCCGCUAGGUUUAUUGCUUUUGCUUCUUUAUUCUUCAUCCUGGUUUCAAUCACAACCUUUUGCCUGGAGACACAUGAAGCUUUCAAUAUUGUUAAAAACAAGACAGAACCAGUCAUCAAUGGCACAAGUGUUGUUCUGCAAUAUGAAAUCGAAACGGAUCCUGCCUUGACGUAUGUAGAAGGAGUGUGUGUGGUGUGGUUUACUUUUGAAUUUUUAGUCCGUAUCGUUUUUUCCCCUAAUAAACUUGAAUUCAUCAAAAAUCUCUUGAAUAUCAUUGACUUUGUGGCCAUCCUACCCUUCUACUUAGAGGUGGGACUCAGUGGGCUGUCAUCCAAAGCUGCUAAAGAUGUACUUGGCUUCCUCAGGGUGGUAAGAUUUGUGAGGAUCCUGAGAAUCUUCAAGCUCACCCGCCAUUUUGUAGGUCUGAGGGUGCUUGGACACACUCUUCGAGCUAGUACUAAUGAAUUUUUGCUGCUGAUAAUCUUCCUGGCUCUAGGAGUUUUGAUAUUUGCUACCAUGAUCUACUAUGCCGAGAGAGUAGGAGCUCAACCUAACGACCCUUCAGCUAGUGAGCACACGCAGUUUAAAAACAUUCCAAUUGGCUUCUGGUGGGCUGUAGUGACCAUGACUACCUUGGGCUAUGGGGAUAUGUACCCCCAAACAUGGUCAGGGAUGCUGGUGGGAGCCCUGUGUGCUUUGGCUGGAGUGCUCACAAUAGCCAUGCCGGUGCCUGUCAUUGUCAACAACUUUGGAAUGUACUACUCCUUGGCAAUGGCGAAGCAGAAACUUCCAAGAAAAAGAAAGAAGCACAUCCCUCCUGCCCCUCAGGCAAGCUCACCUACUUUUUGCAAGACAGAAUUAAAUAUGGCCUGCAACAGCACACAGGGUGACACGUGUCUGGGCAAAGACAAUCGGCUUCUGGAACAUAACAGAUCAGUGUUAUCAGGUGACGACAGUACAGGAAGUGAGCCGCCAUUAUCACCCCCAGAAAGGCUCCCCAUCAGACGCUCUAGUACCAGAGACAAAAACAGAAGAGGGGAAACAUGUUUCCUACUGACGACAGGUGAUUACACGUGUGCUUCUGAUGGAGGGAUCAGGAAAGAUAACUGCAAAGAGGUUGUCAUUACUGGUUACACGCAAGCUGAGGCCAGAGCUCUUACUUAAUGGCUUGGGGAAGGCACAAAACAUGAGAGAAAGUGUUGUACAGAAUCUGUCAUGGAUUUCUGACUGCUGAAAAAGGGACAAUGGGAUUUAGCCACACCAAGGACUGUACCGGAAACAGACUUCUGCUGCUGAAUGUGCCCUGAUGCGACCAGGUAGCACUUGGAAGAGGUCCCUGCGUCUUCGCAAGGCAUUUAAAGCUAGAAAAAAACUGUGGCUGGAACUCAUUUGGUGCUCCCCAUAUGAGUGGUCUGCUGUGGACUGGCCAGUAGCUGUGAAACAAUUGUAAACACCAACACGUGGGCAUGGGUGGAUAGCGUCAGCCAUCUCACAUCCAAGGACACCAAGUCCAUGACCAACAUCUCUGAAGCUUCGAGUAAGGCCCGUACCUCUGUGAAUUGCCCCUCUCGGGCCUGCAGUAGAUCGUGCUGUGAAUCACACAAGGCAGUGAUAUUGGUGUAGUACAGACGUGUCCUAAUUUCCCUUCUUUCUCCUUUGUUGUUUGGAUCCAUGAACAUUGACGGUAUCUUUUUUUUUUUAUAUAAACCACUUAUGUUAUCAGCUUGUCUUUGUUGUGAAAUUUUCAGUGCCUAUUUAUCAAAACUGACCUGUUUUUUGUCACAUGUAUGUUUAGUUCUGGAAAAUCAUUAUGACUUUAAGAAAAAACUCACCAACAUUAUUCAUGGUUUAAGUCCUUUGUCAUUGUUACCUCAAUUAUAAAUAUUACAGAAAAUAAAAUUCUGGUGAUGAGAGUAUUUUUUUAUUAAAUGAUCAAGGAGUAAUGUCAGUAUAUAGUAGAGUAUUAAUCAAAUUAUAUCCUAAAAUGUAUAUUUUGCAUAAAAGAGAUAUUCUUCAAUCAAUUACUUUUUUGUGAGUUUUGUGGCAAACGAAACUUGUACUUGUCUUUAAAAUUGUUGUAGUCGAAACUGUGUAAGAAUUCUUCAUCUUGCUUAAUCAAUAUUUCCAGAAUCGAUUAGUUCCCCUGGGAUUCUGAAUAUAACAUAUAACCUAAUUAUGAACCUCUGUAUCGUGGACCUUUUGUGAACAUUUCAAGGUGCAUGCACAACCUUGGCGAUAACAGAUGGAUAUGUAACUAACUAAAAUGAAGAAUAAAAGGCAAAUAAGCUGGGGAUGAUCUUGACUCCUAUCUGAUUAAAUUAUUCAUAUUCUU